AUGCGUUCGAUCGCCUCAAGAACGUUCUUUGUGUCUGCCCUCCUUGCGCGUUAUGGUGCUGCUAACAGCGUUUCAAAUUCCGAGUAUUUCACCGUUCCGGGAUACGAUGUCCAGACGCUAGGCGUCGGAGCCGAUGGUGUUACAACAUAUAUCAUUUCUCGAAUAUCGUCAAUGGCAGGUAUUGUCAGCUUCGAUGGACCUGGUCUGGGCAUCUACUUGACAUACAUGAACUCUGCCGAGAGCAUUGAAUUUAUCGAAAACUGCGGCAUCACGGGUAGCAUUGCUGUCUGUACCAACCUUAUGGUGAUGGGGGGAUCGUCAACUUCCACUUUUACCAUCGUUGCCACUGACACGUUGUCGAUGUCGACCUACCCGGUCGAAGGUGGCGCUCCCACCGCCAUGGCUGCGUCUACCAGUGCGCUCACUAGGAUCACCACGGACAGUACUGCCUCGUCUUCUGCUUCUACAACCACCACGGCCCAGAACAAGACCAGCGAUGGCGUGAAAAGCACACUCUGCUCGUUAAUACCUACCACGUGUUGGAACGACGAUCGAGCCCUUUGGAAUAAAGCAGCUGUUACUCGCCAUCCUAUGAGGCGUUCUUAUACAACUCCUAACGGUGAAGCUCGACCAAUAGGGAAGUUCAAAGUUGAUGCAGCUGGACUCGCAGAUGCGUCUUUAGGCGCUGAAGAAAAUGCGAGCCCAAAUGCAAAACCGCAAGAAAAGAUGCCCAUGUCUUCUGCUUAUCUAAUGUCACGCUCAGAUAUACAAUUGCUAUUUUUCCUUUUCUGA